AUGCCGAUUAAAAAAGGGAAAAAGCCAAAGAAGGGAAAGGGAAAAGGAAAGAAAGAUGGCAAGCAAGAGUCCAAACGGGAUACAGAGUCCGACAUUGAGAGGGCGAAAGCCAACGCGGCUCUGUGGGAGGCCAGGUAUGAUAUGACCGAGACUUCACGCAUUGAGUAUCAUGAAGCAGCUCGAAGACUGACCAAAACCAACGAGCAGCUCACAGAUCUACAGCACAACACCGAGAAGCACACCAUUAAUGUCAUUGCUGUUCUAAGGGGAAAAGACCUGGAAAAUGAGGAGAAGAUUGCUGCAUUGGAACAACAAUUACAGCUUGAGAAAACAAGGGCCUCUCAAGAAAAAGAGAAUUUGAUCACUGAGUAUACGCUGAAGAUGGGUGAGCUAGAGAAGACGUUUAAGAAGAAAUCUAGCGAGUUCAGCAUGAUUGAAGAGGAUCUUAAGAUCAUCAGUGAGUUCCAUAAGAAGAAGCCCCAAAUGGAGCAAGAACUUAAAAACAUGAAAGAAACUAUGGACAAUGCAGACCUGGAACAUAAGAAAAUGCUUGCAAGAAUGGAGCAAAAGUUCUUCAAUGAGAAGGUUCACCUUGAGAAAGAAGCUGAACAAAAGAUUGCUGUGCUUGCAGAGAGAGCCCACAAUGAAGCAAUUGUACAUCUGGAUAAUGCUUCUCGCUCGGUGUUCAAGGAGAAUGUACGUUUAAAUAAGGCAUUGGGUUACCACAUCAAAGAGGUUGAGGAUCUGCGGAAGAGAAAUGCAGUGCUGGCCGUGGAAAACGACACCCUUACUCUGCAUGAGGAGAGGAGUCAGCUGAUUAUGAAUGACACAGUAUCUCAGAUUAUGACCCAACGGAGCACAAUUUCGGAUCUCAAGACCAAGGUAUCCACCCUGGAGCAGGCCCUGGCCAGCAUGGUGGCAGAGUUUGAAUGGAAGAAGGCUGACAUCAAGCAGCUUGCUGUGGUCAGAACUCAGGCCAGCAGUGUAGAGCUGGACAAACUCCAGAAGCUCCUGAGCAUAAGGGAGAGGGAGCUGAGCCGAGUGAAAAGACUAGCACGCAGCGUAGUGGAGCAGCGCACAGACAUGGAGAUCCUCUUCCACGAGGCUCUGAACCAAGUGAAACAGGAGAUUCUAAUGGAAAGACAACAGCACAGACAGGAAGCAGAGGUAAAUCGUAGCAGGAGGAUGAAUGAGGUUCUGUUAGGUAAAAGGGAGUACGCUCACAUUCGAACUUUCAAAAAAACUCCCCACAGUACCAACAGCAUUUCUACAGGAAUGGAGGAGGCUGAGAAAAGCAAUCUGAAGAAUCCCAAAGUGAAAAUAUUAGAGAUGGUCUGGGAGCAAAGAGAGAGAGUGCUCAGACUGCUCUUUGCUAAAAUGAAUGACCUGAAAUCCAAGAAACCAACACAUGCUCUAGCUUUGACAGAGUCUGAAGGGAACCAGUGUAGCAGCGAUCCAGGGAAUGCAGACGAGGAAUCUUAUGCAACCUUUUUAACCCAGGCACCAGUUUCCAAUAUGAGCUCCAGUACUAACUUCAGUGCUCUGCCAGACUUGUAGAUCACCUGAC